CCAGGCUCUAACACCCACAAACACACUCACACCAUUUCCUCAUAUGUGGCUGCUUCUCAAGUUACCGCCGCCUGGGUGGGGAGAAGCCCGGACAGCCUGGGAGCCCAAUACGUGGAGGAUCCGGCAUGGGGAUCGCUUAAUGUGAGGAGCCUGGAGAAGGGGGCGCUGCGGGGCCCCAAGUGCCCGGGGAAGAUGCCACGCAGGCAGGAGUGAGGCGGCCGAACCGUGGGACCGUCAGUGACUGAGCCCCGGACUGAGCGCAGGAUGAGGCGCUAUUUGCGCGGCAGCGGCCGGGCUCUGGCGUUUAUAUUCAUUGCCUCGGUGAGCUGGCUGCUGUUUGACAUGGCGGUACUCAGGAUGACUUUCAGUGAGAGCAGCAAAGCGCUACAGUCCGACGAGCUGAUGCGCAGAGAGCUGGGCUUGGGGCAGGGCAAGAAGGGCCGGGGCAGGUGGAUCAAGCAGCCCCUAUGGGACGAUAACGCCACUAAGCUGAGAGGGGUAUUCCUGCCCCCUGCGGAGGAGCCCAGCCCGGGGCCCAAACUCCGGCAAAGGCACAGAAAAGGGACCAUCAGACCCCUAAAGGUGCUGCCAGAUAUACCCCCUGAGAGGCCAGAUAUACCCCCUGAGAGGCCAGAUAUACCCCCUGAGAGCCGGGCAAAGGGCACAUCGGAACCCAUGGGCAGGCACAGCCAGGGGGGGGCACAGGGGGAUGGGGACUCGCAGCAAAGAGUUAAGGCACCCAGUCCCACUGCUGCCCCUGCAGCCAAUGCCAUGGAGACUGGGGCAUCUGACAGGGGUAAGGUGGGGGGGCAGAAUGCAGGGGGGGCUCUUGGCUCAGAGGAUCACCAGGGGGCAGGUGGUGCUAAGGCUUCAUCCUUGGAGGGAGUGAAAGAGAAGGAUCAAAGUAAAGAGGGUGCAGGGAAUGUUGAGGGGCCCCUAGAUGGGGCAUUACAUCAGGAUAGAAUAAAGGAGGAACAGCUUAAAGGGGGCGCAGGGGAUGCACAGGGGGGGCUCAGUGACUUGAAUAAGGAGGGAACAAAAGAGAAGGAGCAGAUUAAAGAGGGUGCAGGGGUUGCACAGGGGGGGCUCAGUGACAGAUUUAAUAAUGAGGGAAUUAAAGAGAAGAAGCAAAGUAAAGAGGGUGCAGGGGAUGCUCGGGGGGUCCGCAGUGACACAUUACAUGAGGAGGGGCUAAAGUUUGUUAAAGGGGACACAGAAAAUAAACAGGGCCCCCUCAAUGGCACAUCACAUCAGGAUGAUAUGAAAGAGAGGGAGCCAGGUAAAGGGGUUGAAAGUGAAGCUCAGGGGCCCCUUACUGACAUAUUACCCCAGGGGGGAAUGAAGGAUAAAUUGGCAAGUAAAGAGGAUGCACAGGGAGCCCUCCCUCUCUCAUUACACCUGGAGGACAACAAGGGCCCAAAUAAAGAGGCCUCAUUGCAUGGAAAAGAAAAGAAUAAUACAAAAUCAAAUGAAAAUCAAUCAAAUGAACCCCCUUCAGACACCCAGAAGCACCCACUGGUUCCCAGCGAAUCAGAGGACAUGGUUAUGAUUGUCAAUAAGAUAAACUCCUCUGUAGAAAAUACAUUGAACUUAAACCAGAACAUGACAGAGGAGGCAGCAAAUAAAACAGCAGAAGCCAUUGCACCCGUCCAAACCAAUCUAACCAAGGCCUUGGAAAAGCCUGGAAAGAUGUUACCUGUUACCGACACCCCAUCUGUAAACCACGAGAUAAAGAAAGAAAGUGGCAAUAUCUCCAAAUCUCUGGGUUCUACAGAGGGCAUUCUAGAUAAAUUGGCAAGAAUUGACAACGCAGCCAAGGGGAAUAUCACAGAGCUGACUGAGGAGGAGGGCGUGAAGGAUAAGCUGGUGCCACCGGGCAAUGUGCCAAAGGACCACGAGCCAGCAAAGCCACGGAGUAACAAGAUGCACAAGGUUGUGCCCAUUGACAGGACGAUGUCGCCUAGGGAUCCCAAUGCCCCAGGGCAGUUGGGGAGACCAGUUGCCGUCCCUGAGGACAAACAGGGCGAGGCUCAAAGCAGGUGGAGAGAGGGGCACUUUAAUGUCUAUCUGAGUGAUCUGAUCCCAUUGGACCGUGCCAUUCAGGACACAAGGCCUGAGGGGUGUUCUAAUCAGCUGAUUCACGAUGACCUCCCCACCACGAGCAUCAUUAUCUGCUUUAUUGAUGAAGUCUGGUCGACACUCAUGCGUUCUGUUUAUAGUGUUCUGAACCGGUCGCCGGAGCAUCUUAUCAAAGAAAUCAUUCUUGUAGACGACUUCAGUACGAGAGACUACCUCAAGGAAAAGUUAGACACAUACGUGAAGAAGCUUCCCAAGGUCCGCGUUCUUCAUCUCCCUGAAAGACACGGUCUCAUUCGUGCAAGGAUUGCAGGGGCAAAUAUUGCAACAGGAGAAGUUCUGACAUUUCUGGACUCCCAUGUAGAAUGCAACGUUGGGUGGCUGGAACCACUUUUGGAGCAAGUUCGAAUAAACAGGAGAAAAGUUGCGUGCCCAGUGAUUGAAGUCAUUAGUGCUUUGGACUUGAGCUAUAUGACAGUAGAGAGCUUCCAAAGAGGCGUAUUCACCUGGCCCUUGAAUUUUGGCUGGAAGGCCAUGCUUCCGGAAGUAAUUCAAAGAGAUAACAUAACAGAGAUGGAUCCAAUAAAGUGCCCGGUCAUGGCCGGAGGAUUGUUCUCCAUUGAAAAGAAUUAUUUCUAUGAACUUGGUACCUAUGACCCUGGACUGGAUGUUUGGGGGGGAGAAAAUAUGGAAAUAUCAUUUAAGAUCUGGAUGUGCGGAGGUGAAAUUGAGAUCAUUCCCUGCUCCAGGGUCGGCCAUAUAUUCAGAAACGACAAUCCGUACUCAUUCCCGAAGGAUCGGAUCAAGACCGUCGAGAGGAACUUGGUCCGCGUCGCAGAGGUUUGGUUGGACGAUUACAAGGAGAUCUUCUAUGGCCACGGGCAACACCUCCUUAAGUAUCUUCCCAACAUUGGGGACUUGACAGAGCAAAAGCAGCUCAGGGAGAGACUCCAGUGCAAAAACUUCAAUUGGUACAUCAAGAAUGUGUUUCCGGACAUGGGAACCCCGCUGCUCAGGGCCACUGGAAUGCUGUCAAAUCCAAAGCUUAGGAAAUGCCUCGCCAUCGAAAACUCAACCUUUGUCCUCGAGUCCUGUGAAGGAAACAAAAAGAGCCAGCAGUUCAGCUAUACUUGGUUACGGCACAUCAGGCAAGGGGAUCAGUGCAUUGUUCCUGUUGAGAAUGAGGACAGUGCGAGCCUUCAGCCCUGCGACUACACAAUCGUUAAUCAGAGGUGGCUGCACAAAUCCCAGAUUAGUUUUCACUCAUCUCUGAAAGACCACAUUAUGCUGGAUAGCACUUUUAUAACGUGCCUUGAAGCGGAUCCGGAGAGCGGCGGCCUUGUGGCCAGGGAGUGUAGCUCAUUAAAGCACUACCAGAAGUGGCGCUUCGAAAAGUACCUUGUCCUGUGAAAGUGAGUCUGGUCCCCUGAGCAUUAAUUUAUUUCCUACUGUGAGACGAUGAGCGCGGCCCUCCCUUUUUACUGGAGCCCAGAGAAUAUAUUUUUGAUAUGACCUGCGUCUUUUUUACAUGUUUACAAACAGUCUUGAGCCUUACAGCGCCACGGUCGGGGGUAACACAGCCUCUAGGACAUGACAGAUGUUGCUGGAACAAUGUGGGGUGCGGCUAGAAAUUCUGAUGAAGAACUGGAUUAAAUGCGACUUUGCGCUACCGGGGGGUUUGGCGGGGUAUUUUAUGGACUGCAUGUUUGUAUGUGUCUGUUACAUUAUUUUCUAAUUUAAUGAUAAUGAAUGUGUAUGUGCAGGGUCAACUUUUGACAUAGAUAAAGUUUAAUUUGCCUGCAAAGGCAGGCUGUUAUGUAAUAGAAUCCUCAGUGAGGCUAGAGCAAGGGCAAAUAUUUAUGGCACACACACAUAUAUAUAUAUAUAUAUAUAUAUAUAUAUAUAGGCUGCAUUUUGUGCCAUUCUGAAGCUGCAGUCAAAGAAGAACUAAAGUUUUAAAACUAUAAAUGCUGUAUAUGAUAUACUUACUGUACCAGCCCAGGGGUUCAGCAGCCUUAAUGAUCCAGGUUUUGCCAUCUUGGAAUUUGUUAGGCCAUCUUUUGAGUGCCAGUGGCACUUCACGUUCUCAGGGGCCGUCAGAAAAUAUCAAGCAGAAAAUAAGGAUUAUUUGUCAUAGGCUGUGGUUGCCUUGGGCUGGUACAGAAGCCCAAGAAGAACAUUUCUUUCCAACUUCAUUAUUUAAGCUUUAGUUCUCCUUUUAAGCUUCAAUGCAACUCCUUGUAGCUGUGGUUUUGAAGGGACACUAUCAUCAAACUAAUAUAUUUUAUUUGCACAUAAAAAGUGAAUCUGGGCACGACUUGGCCACCUACGUGCUGGGCCAAAUCAGGCAGAUGUGAUUGUUGGCCCUAGGGAGAUCCAUUGGGCAAGGACUGCAUCAACGAGCCAGCGCUCCUCGUCCAACAGGAUUUUCAAACAUGGCUGAGUGAUAUCUGGGCAAUUUGUGGCCAGAUAUUGGCCCAUAAUCAGGCAGAUAAGCUGCAGACUCCAAAUGAAGGGGCCAAAUUAGCAGCUUAAAUCUGCCCAUGUAUGGCCACCAUAACAUAGGAACGAUUUUGAAGUUAUUCACCACUAUUAAAUCCUGUGUAAAAAGAGAAAUAAAUGUGCAGUAACUGUGAAAUGAUGAUAGUUUCCCUUUAAGCAAGACGAUAAAAACAUGGCAGCGAGUCUGUCUCCAUGGGGAUCAAUGAUGCAAGUAAACCUGAUUUUAAAACAAAAAUGACAGUUGAGAAUAAUGAAAUGUAAUUGUGUGUGACCUUUAGUGGCAGUAAGUGAAUUGCACCAGUAAUGUAUCAAACCACCUGUUUUAUAAAUAGGUGCAAACGCUUAUGUGGGGCCAUUUAUCUACACUGAACUGGUAUGUUACAUAGAGCAUCUCCUUACUGCGCUGAGUUGCACUUCAACAUUUGAAAUCAAUGGGCUUUAACGUGGGUUUAGGGCACUUUAUGGGGUUAUAGCUCUUGAAAUUUUAACAGGUUUGGGAACAACAAUAAAGGUAAAAUAAGGACAGUUUACAAAAAGGAAUCUUUUGUUUUAGAAUGCUUGUUAAAUAACUGCUGUAAAGCCUUUUGUGUACAGCAGCUGAAUUUUCUCCCUUCCUGUCUGCCCCUUUUCAUAAGCAGUUUAUUUGGCUGUUGGAGGAAUGCCUGAGGCUAGAGUUCGAGAACAGCUGGAGGGCUGCAGGCUGGACAUCCCUGCACUAGGCAUGGUAUCAGCCUUUCCUUGUGCCUGUACCCAGAACAAUUGCUUCGGCCCAGGUAUAGGCACACAGAGCAGAUUUAGGAGCAGAAACACGUACUGUAAGUAUGCAUUUUGUGCCAAAAUGUGCUCUGUGUGCCUGUACCCAGAACCAUUGCUUCAGCCAAGGUAUAGGCACACAGAGCGGAUUUAGGAGCAGAAACACGUACUGUAUGUACAGUAUGCAUCUUGUGCCAAAAUCUGCUCUGUGUGCCUGUACUCAGAACAAUUGCUUUGGCCCAGGUAUAGGUAAACAGAGCGGAUUUAGGAGCACAAACAUGUACUGUAAGUAUGCAUUUUGUGCCAAAAUGUGCUCUGUGGGACUGUACCAGGGCUGAAGCAAUGGCUUUGGGUACAGGCACAGGUAAAGGCUGAUCCCAGCAUAGGGGGCCCGUGUGAUAUUAGCUUUAUAACCUAUGUGGCCUUUACUAAUCCUAUUCAUGUACUCCAUUAAAUCACAACAUGGAUCUGUGCCGAGUGAGCUCACACCGGUGCAACUAUAAGUCGCAUCUUGCAGUUUUUAUGCAACAGUUUCGGUGCAACCAGAUUUUUAAUGAGUGAGGCACUUUCUGUUGGGAGAACAUGGGACAUAAGCAUGGUGGGGGCUGAAGUCCUGGAACAAGUCGCAUUGCUUGAUAAAAAUUUCCCCAGCCCUCAAAGGCCAGUGGCCAUAUUAGAAUUCAAAAGAAUCGUCCAAUGCGAAACCCACCUUGUCUGUGUAAAUGUGCCGCCAUGUUUUUGUACUUUCGAGGCAAGUCAAUUGGAGCAAAAUAAAUCCCAUUGUUAGUGAUGGAGAUAAUUUUGAAGGUUCUGCCCAUCGCAAGGAGAAUGAGGCUUUCCUGUAUAUUUAUAUGUGCCAUAGGCCUUAAGGUUACAGUUUGCUGGAAGGAAAGUGUCAAAAUCAUCUUUUUCUCUCCUAUAAAGUUUCAUUCCAUAUCCAAUAAUAUGUGCAAUAUCCAGAUGUACCCUCUAGCUGCUAUGGCUUUACAAUCUGUGGUACGUGUCCCCUUGGGGGUACAUAUGGUUACUCUAUUCCUUCAUUUCAUUGGUGUUUCCCAUGCCUGUACAUGUUUAAAUAAAAUCAUUGUUUGGGGUA